AUGACAAAGAAUUUCAUCGUCACUUUGAAAAAGAACACUCCAGACGUGGAAGCUAAAAAAUUUUUGGAUUCAGUCCAUCACGCAGGAGGCUCUAUAGUACACGAAUUUGAUAUCAUCAAAGGGUACACCAUCAAGGUACCAGAUGUUCUCCACUUGAACAAGUUAAAGGAAAAGCACAACGAUGUCAUCGAGAACGUCGAAGAAGACAAAGAAGUUCAUGCUAAUUGA